AUGAAGAUUUCGCAGAAAAGCCUAAUAGCAAAAACCGCGCCAAGAUUCAUCCAUCGCAUCCUCCUCCCGCGAGAGCUCGACACCAUCAAGGCAAAGUCAGUUCUGAGUUGUGUUCUCAACAAGGACGUCAACAAGGACAGUUUGCCGGCUCCAGGUCCAGAUUCUCCAAAUGACGCAAAUCAACCACCUUUAGGCCAAGAUAAAGGGAGAAAAAAGAGGGACCAGAGGGACCCAGCCAUAUUGAAAGCCGCCCAGUUCAUGGCGGGCCGAUUUGCCGCCAAAGAAGCAGUAAUCAAAGCUUUUCAUCAUGAGAGGCUCAAUUUUGGCAACAUUGAGAUCAGAAACAAUGCAUCGCCGCGUCGUCUCUCGAAAACUGUGUAUCGACUGGCCCCAGCUGCCGAUUCUGACCAAGCUACAGUGCAAGCCAAUGCGCAGAAAGCUGAGCCCAAGGAGCAGGAGAUAGAUCUCAAUCUUGGAAGUGGUCCACCAGUAGCAUUCAUCUGGUUAAGCGGGGCCCAGGAGCCUCUGGUCGCUUCUGUGAGCAUCAGUCACGACGGCGAUUACGCGAGCGCCACGUGCAUUUACAUGCGUCCCGAGACGUAA